AAAUGCUGAUGGCAGAAUCAAUGUUUGCUUUGCUUUCAUUGAUCGCCUAAACAUUUCAUCGUCCAAACCUUUAUUGUGCAUGCUUUCUCGUCAUUUUCUCUCCGGAUUUCUCAGCGUCCAAACUGGAAAUUAGGGUUUGGGCUGCUUUCGGCCUUUUGUGUUUCUGAGGUCCGAUGACUUAUAUGGAGGACGAUAAUGGCGAUGGUGAGGUAGUGCCUGAGCUGACGCUGAGAAUGGAGGGAGAUGAGAGAAGGAAUGGGGACUAUGUGAAAUUGAGGGGAGGGAGCGAGGUGGAAGAGGGAGGAUGUGUUAAUGAGGUUGGGGAGGGGUCUUCUGGUUCCAAAUGGCCGGGUUUCCUUUGGUAUUGGCUGAAAUUGGUAUUGUUGUUCGCGAGUUUGGGGGUUUUGGCUGGUGUUUUCCUCAAAUGGGUCGGGCCCUAUUUCAUGGAUAAGGAUAUCAUCCCGAUCAUAAAUUGGGAGAGAAAAACAUUCUGUACUCCGGUGUUGGCAGUUAUGGUCUUUGGCUCUAUUGCACUAUUCCCCACCCUACUUUUACCGUCUUCACCUUCUAUGUGGAUGGCUGGUAUGACAUUUGGUUAUGGCUUUGGAUUUCUGCUAAUUAUAGCAGGGGUGGCUGUAGGCGUAUCACUACCAUAUUUUAUUGGCUCUCUCUUUCUCCAUAAACUUCAAGGGUGGUUAGAGAAAUAUCCGAAGAGAGCUGCGAUUUUAAGAGCAGCUGGUGAAGGAAAUUGGUUUAAUCAGUUUCGUGCAGUGACAUUAAUCAGGAUUUCUCCAUUUCCAUAUAUUAUUUAUAAUUACUGCGCUGUGGCAACAAAUGUGAAGUACGGUCCAUAUAUCUUGGGGUCCUUGGUGGGAAUGGUACCAGAAAUAUUUCUUGCCAUGUAUACUGGGAUACUCAUAUGGACCCUGGCAGAUGCUUCACAUGACCAGCACUCCCUUUCAGCCCCACAAAUCCUCUUCAACAUUGUUGGGUUCUUAGCAACUGUGGCAACCACUAUCAUCAUCACAGCCUAUGCCAAAAGGAAACUAAAGGAAUUGCAGCAUGACGAUGGUGAAGUACUGCUGCAGUAGGCUUCUGGUUUGUGUUAUCAGUUAUGAUGAAAGCUAGGUUGAUUACACGCAAUGUGCAGGUGGAUGAGGUUUUAUUGUUCUCUACCUCUUCCGUGAAACAUUCGAUAUAUGACAGCAUCCACGAUGCCCACAUGAACAUUGUGGGAGGAGUAGGGAAAGUGCUAACUGACUUAACACUACCAAAACUGACUUUCAAGGGUUUCUCAUUUGAUUACAUUUAUCUUUCUUCCCUUGAAAGCUUUUUUCAAAGUUCUCCUUGUACUCCAUAAUUGUCAUUUGUACAUAGUUGAACUUGAGCAGAAUUCUUGAUUCUAUAUCAAUACAGAAAAUGCCUUCUUGACUUGUA